ACACACAACAAAAACACACACACUUUCUUUCUCUAUCUAACACCUUCACCCCGGCCCUCCUCCAUCUCAUAAUGAUAUUCAAAUCUUACUUAUGUCUUUUUUGUCGCCUUUUCUCUCUCUAGCUUCGCCUAGGGUUUUGCGCUUUUAUAGCUCACUGCAUACCUGAGCUACGCAAAUUUAGUACUCAAUUUAUUCCUCGAGCUAACACAGAACCAGAACACUUACCAUUUCGUUUUUUGGCUACUUGCGGAUACAGAAAAUCGGCCUCUUGUUAGGGUUUAUGAGUGCGACGAUGGAGGUGUGCUUCAAUUCGAACUGCAAAGAGUCGUCGGAGAAGUGGAAGAGAGGCUGGCGCCGCCGCACCGGCGAGUACGCUCACCUAUGUGAUCCCUGCGCUUCUGCUUAUGAGGAUGGGAAAUUUUGUGAGACAUUUCACACGAAUGCUUCAGGGUGGAGAUGUUGUGAGUCUUGUGGAAAGCAAAUACAUUGUGGAUGCAUAGUUUCAUUCCAUAUGUUCGUACUAUUAGAUGCAGGAGGAAUAGAAUGCCUAACGUGUUCAAAAAAGAGCUACAUUUUGACACCAAAUCCAGCAUGGCCACCACCUUUGCAUUUCCUUCCUUCGCAUCCUGAAAGAAUGAAAGACAUUUCAAUGAAAACAUGGAGUGGCAUAGCAGCCUCAGGUCCAGUUCCAUGGCAUCAGGCUCCCUCUUUGUUCAAUGGUCCUA